AUGGCGGGGCCCUUGCGACGAGAGCUAGGCCGCUCCUCCUACCCUUUCCCGGUGCAAAGCCUGCACCUCGGCAACCUCCCGGCUGUCCCCCAGCACGAAACCACCUCGCCCGGCUUCUUGCCCGAAGCCUUCAGCGCCGGGGCCACUGCCGGGCAGGCCUUUGGCUUCAAGCCCGAUUACGGCCCCCACCAGGGCGGGGUCGGGGAGCCCUAUCCCGGCGGGGGCGAAAUGCCUCGCACCUGGUACCCCUGGCCUGCCGCGGGGGAGGCCUGGAGCCACCCUCCCGGGAUCCUGGUAAACCCUUAUGCCCUCGCUCAGUCCGGAGAAGUCUGCCAGGCUUCCAAGGCCGAGAUCAAAGUCGAGCGUGACUUCGAGCAAGCGGGCCCCUAUUACGGAGGGCAUCCCUGGACCGGUGGGUGUCUGGUCCCUUCGGUCCCUCCGGCCCAGGCCCGUCCGGCUUCUUGCAACAACCACACCAAGGAAGCCGCUUCGCCCAAUCCGGAUUCCGAGCCUUCCAGCAGCCCCACCAGCCAGCCCGAACAGGUGGGCAGCGCGGAGGAGAACAGUCCCCGGACCGAUGCUAGUCCAACCCCCAGCGAGCAGAUGGCCUCGGAGGAAGCGAAAGACGAAGAGGGCAGUGGAGAAGAGGAAACAACUACUACAGAAGAGCUGGAACAAUUUGCUAAGGAACUGAAGCACAAAAGAAUUACCCUGGGCUUCACUCAGGCAGAUGUAGGACUGGCUCUGGGUUUACUGUAUGGGAAGAUGUUUAGUCAAACCACCAUCUGCCGCUUCGAAGCUUUGCAACUCAGCUUCAAGAACAUGUGUAAACUGAAGCCCCUCCUUCAGCGUUGGCUUCAAGAGGCUGACAGUAACGAGAAUUUGCAGGAGCAACUGUGCUCCAUGGAGUCGGCCAUGAUCCAGGCUCGGAAACGCAAGCGCACCAGCAUUGAGAACAACGUGCGGGGUUCGCUCGAGUCGUACUUUCUGCGCUGCCCCAAGCCUAACCUGCAGGAGAUUUCACAGAUUGCUGACGACCUCUGCCUGGAGAAGGAUGUAGUACGUGUCUGGUUUUGCAACCGCCGUCAGAAGGGCAAGCGCAACUCAGGAGCUGGGUCUCGGGACGAGUCCGAUGGCCCCAUUCUACCCCAAGCUUGUCCUCAUGGGCCACUCCAAGCUCCGCCCCAUGGUCUUGGCCCCGUCCACCAGCUGCCUCCACCGCCUCAGGGCUACAACACAACUACGUUUGCUGCUGUUUAUGUGCCCCAGUUCCACGAAGGAGAAGUUUUUAUCGCUCCCGCCUCGACCUCAGCUGUGAUGGGCCACCCAAUGCACUCCAGCUGA